UCAUGUCUGAUGGNGGCAUGAUCCCUGCGGACGCCCAGGGUUUGGCAGUCGUCGUCUUGUUAUACACAUUCGGCAAUGCUUUCAUUGCUGCGCUGGUGGUCCUGAUGCACAUGCAUGUCCCAGUGUGUGCGUGCUUCAUGGUUGUCAGCAUCCUUGCCUCCUUCAUCCAGCAGAUACACUUCUUCACUAGCUUCGAGAAAAUUCAAACCGCUGGCUACAACUAUCAGAUCAGUGGACACUAUACUGGAAAGCCAGCUUUUACUGGAACGCAUACAUCUCUGGAUACUACGCUUUAUGAGAUCCAGCUGUAUUGCUACAAUGUUGAGUCACUGCUCUUCUUGUCCUGGAUUGCUGGACUCUGGCGUCAUGUUUGGCGUCUUCGUUUCGAGUUGUUGGACAGAGGUGGUCAUGUUGUUUCCACAGUUGUCAAGGUCUCCUGUAUGGUCGUGCCAGCAAUACUGAUCGGUAUUGCUAAUGCCUCUUCUGUGGACCGUACACCUGGAGUUUCUCUGAUUCUCUGCAAUCUUAUGUGUAAGUUACACCUAUCCUGGAAACGCCGUUGGCAAUUCACUGAUGAUCGUAACNNAGUGGCUGGCAGUGUCGCAGUUGGACUGAUUCUCCUGGCACUCGUCUUCUACAAAUACAUUUCCAUCCAGAAGUAUCUCAGCGAUUCAAAUUCGGCGAAGAAUGGCUUCUUCGCACGCUUCGGAUGGCGCAUCAAGUUCUCCUUGCCGAGCUCUUCGAAGACACAAAGUCAGAGGAGCAGAGCUAUGGCGAGUCAAGUUCAAAGUGGCAUGCAUAGUCAACUGCAGAGUGGCAACUUCAAUCGCAGCGUCAACGAUCAAACAGAAUCCCAACUUCCCGCUCGCCAACCGAAAACUGCGCCACGCAAGAACGACUCGAUGUACGACAAAUGGCUUUUGAUUCGUUUCUGUAUCUGUUUCGUCCUGCUAUGCAUCAUGCAAACCUACCUCAUCUACUACUCCAUCGCACGCUAUUUCGGCUCGACUGCAGACGCCAAAACCGCAAAACUGGACUUGUCCGCAGGAGCCGCCACAAUUUCCAUUGUGAUGUUCAUUCCUGGAGUAACAUUGGGGCUGUUGAUCUUCAUUGUUUUCGGCACAACAGGUCCCUUCCGCAGGGACUAUGCUCGCUGGGCCCGGUUUAUCGUCUCUACCUGUCUCGGUCGCCGCAGUACCAGAGACUCGCUCGCGUCUGGAAGCCUGCAUCGCACAGAGAGUGUAGUGCGCUUGACAAAUCUAGACCGCAAGACCAGUCAGAACAAUGGCAACGUAGAGGCAGGACUAGGUGUCAAGGGGGCUGAUGGAGAGUAUAGGGUUUCUGUCACGCCUGUUGCUGGUGAAGAGGGCGACUAUGAGGAGAGGCAGAUGAAUAUGGGGAUCAUGAUGACUAGAAGCAUCAAGCAGAGUGAUGAGAGA